UGGCUACCCGAACUACCCGGGUCGUCUCUCUCUCACCGGUCUUUCCUCAGUCGAAAGAGAGACGUCUUCAUCUUCCCUCUUGCCAUCUUUGAGUGCUCUAUCCUCCUCCCUAUGCAUCGAGCUCUCACGUCGUCCAGUAACUUCCUCCGGCCAUCUCAACUUUAGGGUUCCGGAGUAUCUCGCCGGGAAUUCCCGAACCCCUUCUUCAAGCUCCGCCGCCCUCAUUUUCUAAACGCAGAAGCGAGCGUUCAUUGUGCUUUCUUCUGCGGAGGGAAUCGCUGGAUCUUUGUGCAGGAUGAAGGUUCUAGACUCGUAUGUCUUCUGAAGAGAUGGGAUUGGAGCCAACCUCGGCGCACGGGGAUGGUUUAGUGAAUUCGGCGAAGUCGAAGUGGAGAAGGAAGAAGUCGUUGAAGGAUGAGGAGAAGGAGGGAAGAAAGGAAGGGUGGUGGAGUAGGUUUUACUUGGUGGGAAAUUGUUGCUCGAGGUCGAAAUUGGAUGGCUCGGUUAGCAGUCUCCGCACGAAGAAUGCUGAAAGCAAAUCAAUAAGGAAUGGUAGCAGAGAUCAACCAACGACGAUCGUAGUCUCCGGUUCUACAACCUACUGCACCGAAGAAAGCUGUGUAUCUACUCCGAGGGCUUGUCAGGAGCUAAGAGUUGCUUCUCAGCUCCGUAGGUUCACUUUUAAUGAGCUCAAAUGUGCAACAAGAAACUUUAGACCUGAAAGUCUUCUUGGUGAGGGAGGCUUUGGUUGCGUUUUCAAGGGAUGGGUUGAGGAGAACGGAACUGCUCCCAUGAAACCUGGUUCAGGACUUACUGUUGCUGUCAAGACCCUUAAUCAUGAUGGACUUCAAGGGCAUAAAGAGUGGCUGGCUGAAGUUAAUUUUCUUGGUGACCUGAUUCAUCCAAAUCUAGUGAAGUUGAUAGGAUAUUGCAUUGAAGAUGAUCAAAGGUUGCUAGUUUAUGAGUUUAUGCCUAGAGGAAGUUUGGAGAAUCAUCUUUUCAGAAGAUCUCUUCCUCUCCCUUGGUCCACCAGAAUGAAGAUAGCCCUUGAUGCUGCAAAAGGCCUUGCCUUUCUUCACGAGGAAGCGGAGAGGCCAGUAAUAUACCGUGAUUUCAAGACAUCAAAUAUUCUAUUAGAUGUGGAUUAUAAUGCAAAACUUUCUGAUUUUGGGCUUGCCAAAGAUGGUCCAGAGGGAGAUAAGACUCAUGUGUCGACGCGUGUAAUGGGUACGUAUGGAUAUGCUGCACCCGAGUAUGUCAUGACAGGGCAUUUGACAUCAAAGAGUGAUGUCUACAGCUUCGGAGUCGUCUUCCUUGAAAUUCUGACCGGCCGUCGAUCCAUGGACAAGAAGCGACCUCACGGCGAGCACAACCUCGUAGAAUGGGCUCUCCCCUAUCUAAGAGGAAGACGGCGCUUCUACCAGCUCAUCGACCCUCGGCUCGAGGGCCAUUUCUCUAUUAAAGCCUCACAUAAGGCCGUCCAGCUCGCAAACCAGUGUCUCAGCCGGGAUCCUAAAACCAGGCCUCUCAUGAGCGAAGUGGUCGAAGUUCUGAAACCUCUGAUAAACCUCAAGGACAUGGCCAUCUCUUCCUCCCUAUUCCAGACCUUUCAGGCAACCAAAAAUAGUAACCUGAAUGCCAGGAAUGGCUCCUUCAGAGCUCAAGGUUCCUUAUCAAGGAAUGGACAGCAGGUGGAGAGGAAUCUCUCAAAUGGUGCGUCAGCUACGCCGACGCCACCGAACCAGACGCCACCGAACCAGACGCCGUCAAACCAGACACAGUUGAAUGCUAUUAGUGAGAAAGGGCAAUGAGUGAUUCAAUUAAAGCUCUCAUGGCUUCCUGAUUAAAGUUAAGAUUUUUUCCGUUUUUUUUUCCAAAUUUUGUGAAAAUGAUCAUCUUUGAAAGUAAAUGGUGGGGUUUUGGUUGAAAAACAAAGAUGGAUCUGAGGGUUUGAUCCUUAGUGUUGCUAUUUGUAGUAUAUAUUUGCUGUAAUAAAUGGUUACUCCACCCAUAGUUUUCUA